ACGGCGCGGCGCGAGGCCAGUCCGAGAACGCGACCCUAACACUAACAUCCGGUGUAUUCUAAGAGAGAGAGAGAGAGAGAAAGAGAGAGGGAGAGGGAGACGAGAAUCGGAAACGGAAACGACUGACUGCUUGAUCAUUAGUACAAUCGGCACGCCAACAUGAAGAUCGUCCUGUUGCUCUUCGUCGUGGCGGCCUUCGCCUCAGCCCAGAGAAUCACAACGAUUCAGCUGGAUGGCAUACAGUAUUUCGUCUCGCGGAUGAAUCCCUACAGUCCGGAACUCAAUUACUUCCUGGCGUAUCAGUAUUGCCGUUCGCUGGGCCUUCAAUUGGCGUCCUUCGAAACGAAGGAGAAGGCCGACACGAUGACGCAAUAUCUGAAAAACGCCGGUUAUACGAAAUACGACUUUUGGACCUCCGGCAACAAAUUGGGCACCGACAUGUUUUUGUGGAUGAGCACGGGAUUGCCGUUCAACGUCACCUUCGACUACAUGCUGAAGCGACCUGGCAACAGACCCGCCGAUGUGCCACCCGGCACCGAACCUCAGAGAGUGGCGCGUGAAAGCGGCGACAGCGGCAGCGCGGACGGAUGCGUCGCGAUGGCUGCGCCUACGUUAGCCUGGGAGGCGCAGGACUGCACCCUCGUGAAGGACUUUAUCUGCGAGCAAACAAGAUGUUACUACUACAACUACGGCAGCAUUCCAGUCUCCGCGACUCAGGGAAAUCACAGGCCCUACAUCACGACCACCUCGGCGCCAGCCAGCGACGACCAAACGAGUGAUCGCGAAGACAACAUCAACGUCGACGAUAACCAUUCGGAUAUCGACGACCAGGACGAGCAGACGACAUCACCGGAAGCUGGCGAGAAACUAUUAGAGGACCCGGUCGUCAGCAGGCUGAUCACUACGGCCGCUUCCGCAUCUGGCAAUCAGCAGCAGCAGCAACAGGCUGUUGGAACGGCGACGUCGGCAACGUCUUCGCUGUUCGACGACGACCACGAGCGCUCGGUCGUCGACGACGACGUGGACGACACUCGACCGGAACACAUCCCGGAUAUCGCGAGCCUGUUCACCGAGCACGCGUCCCAAGCGCGCAAGGACAGCGUCUUCGACGGUCUCGAGACCCGCGAGAUUCUGCGGCCAUCGGCGUCCCGUCCUGUCGUCCCCUCCUCUUCGUCAGAGAUAAGAAUGGAGCAUCGCGAAUCGCCCGAUUACAGCGACCUGGCCGCGGAGACCGAGCUGCCCAACAACGGUCUCCAGGACGCCCACACGAUCGGACCGUACGACAGCAUGCAGGAUUACGUCAACGACCAGCCGGCGGCGGACUCGACGAUGAUGAAGGAUCAGGACGACGACAGCAGCACGAUCCUGCCAGAGGCGGAACCGGCCUAUAGGUACAACAUCAAAGUGCGCACCAACGGCAAAGUAUUAGACCCUCCGUCCAAGUAACGCUUCAAUUCCUUCCUAGACAACGUCGCGUUAUCUAGCGUCGUAAUAAGUGACAAAUACACAUACGCACACAUACACAUGCAUACACACAAAUCGACAUUCUUGAGGAACUAGGUAUAUAUAUAUAUAUAUAUAUAUGUAUAUCUCACGAGUUCGUUUCGUGACACGGACGGCGAGCUGUCGCCGCCGUUGUCGUCGCUCGCCGUAUAGCUCUAACUUAAGAUGUAUAUCCCUGGUACAAUGCUCGAUAAUUUUGGAUCAGAGAAAGAGAGGCAUGAUUUAUACCAGCUUUCUCGGUCGGCGGCAGGUAGAGAUGAAUGAUUUCGGAUCAUCCGUUAGAAUUAUUCGGCGCUUUGAAACGAACACGGCUCGAAAAUGAUAAUAUUGUCAAAGCUGUGGGAAAGAUGGAAGCCAUGAUUGGUGUCAAUCGAAAGAACGAACUAUUCUCCUGCCGACGUUACUCGACAAGCUGUACAUUUUCGCAAGGGCAUUUACACGAUUAUUUAGUUUCAUCCUGAAUCACCGAUGACGCCGGCGGACGAAUCUGUUUUAUCAUUGUCUCAAUUUAUUCAUUGUUUAGAUUCUGUCAUUUCUAACAAUUAAUUGUUACGUUCAAUAUCAAUAUAAAAACUCAGAAAAAAAAAAACACGUGGCCCCCAGAUUUUACUAUUGACAUUAAAUUACCGGCGCGUCCGCCAGCGUCUUAUAUCUUCGUAAGGAAAUAAUCAUCAUCAUAUUUAACGUAUAUCUAUACGUCUGCAAGACGAAACGUUCGAUAAUCCAACAGUCCUCGAUAUUCUUGGAACGAUGGAUAUUAAAAGGAUCACGAUUGUCAAUCUUUUAACGUUUCGGUCAUUCGGACGUAUGAUGAUUGGCGUAAUUUUAUCAACAUGAAAUGUUGUUCUCUAAUUGCUACGGUAAGUCACUUCCACAUUAAUUAUGCGUACAGCGGCGCGAAUGUGCGACUUGUAUAACUAAACUUUAAUAAAGAUACAAUUACAAUCUUA